GGAAAGGGGUGGGGAUUGAACGUGGCAACGCGGGAGGCAUGUGCCAGAAGGUUAAUAAAUUUGAAAGUGAAAUACGUUUCUUCAAACAUAAAAUAUAUUAUUAAUGAAAUGUUUAUAUUUCAUUCAUGAAUUAUAAUUAAAUGAAAUAUCUUAAUAGUACAAGUGUACUUGUUGCCAAAGGAACGGCACGUUGUUUACAAAUGGCGAUCUACAGAAGUGUUUGAAGUUCAGAUGAAUGACGUGACAGUAUUUUUAUACUGAAUUUUGUUUACAAUUCGCAUUAGUGAAAAUGUCAAUUUCUGCAGAUUCACUACCAGUGUCGUCCUUAUCAAAAUAUUGCAAUGCUCUGGAAAGUGAUGACAAGAGAAGAAGAAGAAAAGCUCUUGAAGAAUUAAAAGUGGCAGUGUUUGAUGAUAAAUCCGAAUUACAAUUUGAUGUGAAAGUUAAGCAUGUUUAUAAACAUUUACUGCGUUGCUUCAGUGAUAAAGCAGAGAGUUGUAGAGAACUGUCAAUUAAUAUCAUAACUGAUAUAUUAAAAGUUCUUCCUGAAACCAAUGACAGCUAUUUUCCUUAUAUUGUGCCUAUAUUAGUGCAAAGACUAGGUAACAUCGAGAUUGUGGAGCCUUCAGAGGAAGUGCGCCUGUUGUUGAUGGAAUUAUAUCAUCUAAUUAUUAAAAGAUUUAAAUCAUGUCUAUCACAUUAUGUAGAGGAACUGGUACAAAUACUACUGAAGACUUUAAAUGAUCCUUUCCCAAAGAUGAAAAAGGAAUCGUGUGAUUGUGUUUGUGAUCUUUCAAAAGCUAUUCCUCGAGAACUGUUCUCCCACACAGCUGCAUUGGCAAAGGCAAUUUUGCAAAAUUUUAACUUUCAACAUUCCAGAGUUCGAAUUGCAGCAAUUUAUGCUACAGGAGAGUUGUUUGUUCGGGGUGACACCAAAGCACUUGAACCUGCUCUAGUGCCUCUAGCUGAACGUCUCUUUGACCAAACACCAACUGUCCGUCGGGCUGUCAUUGAGGUAGUGGGAGAGUGGCUCCUGAACAUGCCAGACCGCUACUCAUUUUUUGCUCGUUUUCUGCCUCUUCUACUUACUGGAGUUCAUGACCCUGUUCCUGAAAUACGUGCUUUGACUGAACAAUUGUGGUCAGCCAUUGGACAACAAUACUUAAAUGAGAAUGAUGAAAGUAUGAAAGACAAAAUAAACUACCUUCCAGAUAGCUUAACACAUUAUCCUACUAGCAUUGUACGACCAUCCCUUGGUUGUCGAUCAUUGGCUAGCCGUUUUCUUUACGUUUUUGUCCCGGCUCUGGCGAAGGAAUUGAAGGACUGGCGACCCGACGUCAGACUUCGAGCAGCUCAGUUGAUUAGAACAUUUAUUAUUCUUGCUGAAUCAAAUUCCACUCACUACUUACCAGCCCUUGCAGAUGCAUUGUCACUUGCCUCGGAAGAUGAGGACCUGCGAGUAGCAACAAGUGCGGUGUCGGCCGGCGAGGCGCUGGCGCGUUCGUGCCGUCGGGUCGUGGCAAACUGCUGCUGUGGAGGAGGGGACGCGGCGCGCCGCGCGCCCGCCUGCGGCUGCUGCCGCGCUGGUGCGCGCGGCGCCUCCCGUGGCGCUGCGCCCGUGCUGCCGCGCUCGCGCGCUGCCUGUGCGGCGCGCGACGCCACCGCCCCCGCGCGCCGCGACGCCGCCCUCGACUGCUGCCACGCGCUGCUCGCCCAGGCC